GUAAUCAGCACGCCUCAAAGAUGACCCAGCGAGAUCACUAUUCGACUGGAAAGAACUCAUAACGUCUUCGAGCGGCGCGAAACGAGACCGUAGAUCAACUCGUCUCGUCCCAUCGUGUCUCCUUCAAGGUCUGAGGUGUCGAGUAUUCUCCCGACGCUGCGCUUCUCGGGUAUAACGACGACACGAUCGAAGAACGACGCGGAGUGAAGCAAGAACUCGGAGAGCCAACGGAGAGGCUGUGCUGUAGAGAAAAGCUCAAAAAGAAAGAGAAGCUUACCUCGACCGACUCAAUAUGGCAACCGACAACAAGCCAUUCGCGUUGGUGGCCUUGGUUCACCCCAAGAGCACCGAGAACCGGGACAAGGCUCUCAAGCUCAAUGCCGCCGUGACGCCCUUCUUCCGGCGCCCCAGCACGCAAUGCACGACACGCAGCAUCUUCACGCCGGCGACGCGCCCCAAGGCGAACAUGGGGAUGGUCCCCGCGGCCGAGAAGGGGAGCAUGUUCGGGGUGGUUGAGAUCUGGACGUCUCGCGCCGCGCUCGACGCCGUCAAAGCCGGCCCGGCGCCCGAGUACAAGCAGUACCACUCGACGGUGGCGCGCGAGGGCCUGUAUAGCGUCGAAACGGACAUGGACAUCUCCGAGUGGACGCCCUGUGCCGGGUUCGUGGCGCGCAAGGGCGAGAAGGAGACACCCCGGGCCGGCAUCGUCAUGCUGGCCAAGUUCGUGUGCAAGGACGGCGAGGCCAUGAAGGACGGGUUGGUCGGUGUGAUUGGGAAAUUCUGCGACUGGGUCGAAGCCAACGAGUUCGGCACCCUGACAUACUGCGUGAUGGCCAGCAACACAGCGCCCAACGAGAUCCUCCUGUUCGAGCGGUACAAGGACCUCGCCGCGCUGGGCGUGCACGGCAAGACCGCCGAGUUUCGAGCGAUGUUCAAAGGAACAGGCCGUUUCAUCCAGGUGAAGAAGACGGUGCUGAACGAGUGGGAAGAGCUGGAUGGGUCUUUCGUCUCGAACCAGCCCGGCGGCGCUGGUGCCGGAGGACAGGCGAAGCUGUGAGGUCUGAGGAGCUGUAGGUCAACGCCACGAGGGCUCUAAGCGCCGGGCCGGGGUGAAUUUUUGAGAGACGCGGUGUCCUGUAUAAGCGGCCAGCCGAACGAGUCAGUCAACUGGGGAUGCAGCGACACAUACCACGCUUUUCUUGGCUCAUUAUGUUGUGAUGUGAGUUGAAAAGAAAGGACGAAAAUUGCAUAUACGGACUGGCACUAGCAUUAAGGAAGCUCUACACGUGCUGGAGGACGAUGAAGGAGAAUGAAGAGCGAGCGGACUGUUUUGAGUCUCAAAAGUCGUGUGCUCCCGACGUGUCUACAACCAGCACCUCAUAGCACAAGUCGCAGUCUCAAGCCACAAUCAUCCAG